CCUCCAGGUUGUGGGGAAAGGAGGAAGAUGACGGCGCAUCAGCCGGUCCUGGAAAGCUCUACGUUAUCAGCCCCUUGACAUACCUCAUCGGGUACAUGUCCAUGAUCGUCGUCAUGGGUAUAGCCUGUGCCAUCCUCGCGCGGACGUACCCGGGUGCACUGCAGUAUACUGCUAUUGUGGCUGUCAUCAUGGUACAUCCAUAACUCAUCGACCCUUCCAAAGGAUAGAAGAAACUAACAAUCUAACAGGGAGUAACCGGCAUGUUCUGUACAUUCGGACUAGACCUGCUCCUCCCAAGAUCCAAAUCCCAGAGCGACCCCACGCCAUCAGCAGCAUCGUAUAUCCUAGUCAUCGCCAGGACCGUCAUCUGGCUAGCUGUCUCUGUUGCCAUGCUGGUAACCGGUGCCAUGGCAGAUGAUUCAGACGAUCGCGAGAAAUCGAAAUUUGCGAAACGACGCGGGCGUGGUGGGGGUGGUGGGGGUGGGAGGGGGAAUAAACCGCCGCCGCCGCUGAGGAAUUUGGCGAUUGCUUGUGGGUGUAUGGGGAUUGUUGUGUUUUUGACUACGCUUGUAUACUGGUAUCCGGUAGUGGUGGCGAGAUAUCGCAAAUACUCGAAAGAACAGACGAGAGACAUGUACGAAGGGUUAAUUUUGACGGAGGGGAGUAAAGAUAGUGUGAGGGCAUUGUUUCGUGAUAUCAAGAAUGCAAGAACGUAUUAGUUUCUGCUUAUGCAGUAUGUGCAACUGUCUAUGAAUGUAUCGGAUCCAUUUCAGCCAUUCACCCAGACGAAUCUAGUAUGACAGCUUCAGUGGCCUAGAUGCAGUGAAGCUCUCCUCCAUCGUGAGUGUGGCAGUUCUGCAAU